UAUCAGACUUUGCUUUUCCACUCUUUCCCCAGUCAUCAAUCUGUAAGACCGCGUCAUCCUUCCUUCUCUCACUAUCUGAUCUGAAUCCAUGGCCGGUAAAGAUAUUUUGCUCAAGAUGAAGGAAAAGGCUUGUUUUGCUGUCGGUGAACCAAUGACACCUGAUUCAGGGAAAGGCAAGAGUAGAAUGUCGAAGAACAUUACUCAUGGAUUUCAUCUUGUCAAAGGAAAGUCCAACCAUGCAAUGGAAGACUGUCAGGUAUCUGAAUUCAAAAAAGUGGGUGAGAAUGAACUUGGAUUAUUUGCAAUCUUUGAUGGACACAUGGGUCAUGAUGUGGCAAAGUACCUUAGAUCCAACCUAUUUGACAACAUCUUGAAAGAGCAUGACUUUUGGGUUGAUCCAAAGAGUGCAAUUAGAAGAGCCUAUAAGGCUACAGAUGCUUAUAUUCUUGAGCAGUCACCUGAAUUGGGAACAGGAGGAUCUACAGCAGUAACUGUGAUACUGAUUAAUGGCCAAAAGUUGAUUGUUGCAAAUGUUGGUGAUUCUCGGGCUGUCAUCUCUAAGAAGGGUAUGGCAAAACAAUUAUCUGUUGACCAUGAGCCAAGUAAGGAGAAGAGGGAGAUAGAGAAAAAAGGAGGAUUUGUAACUAAAUUUCCAGGUGACGUCCCUCGAGUUGAUGGGCAGUUAGCAGUGGCAAGAGCAUUUGGGGACAAAAGCUUGAAGAGGCAUCUUAGUUCAGAACCGGAUGUUGCGGAAGUUAUUAUAGAUGGCGAUACAGAAUCUGUCAUCCUGGCAAGUGAUGGGUUAUGGAAGGUAAUGUCAAACCAAGAGGCUGUAGACUCUAUAAAAAACAUUAAGGAGGCUAAGCAAGCAGCAAAGCAUUUAACUGACGAAUCACUUUCAAGGAAAAGCAGGGAUGAUAUCUCAUGCAUUGUUGUAAAGUUCCAGUGAUAUUUUCUUAUGAAUUUUCUGAUAGUAGGAUAUUGAUUGUAAAAGCAUGUGUAAAAAUUAGAAUGUUGCAUAUCCCCCAUCAUGUACCACUAUCCUUCUGCUCCAUUAUUUUUUUCGUGAAACAGCUUGUUGAAUAAUUACAGUAAAUUUCAAUAUGAAAUUAUGUGAAUAUAGAUACGUUUAUGUGUGUUUUUAAGCA